CAAGAUGGCUGCCAAUGUUAAAACUCUAGUGUAGUUUUUAUAGUUGUGUUUUAGUCGAUUUUGUUUUGCUGUGCCUUGUAUUGUCCUUGUGAAGUGUUCUCACGUACUGUAUCGUACUUAAUCUUUGUAAAAUGGACGUAAAAUUACCUCUAACCCCUAUCGUGAACGGUCAAACAGAGCCAAUAAAACUGUUUGUCGGGCAAGUACCACGCAACUGGGAGAUAGAUCAAUUGCGACCAGUGUUUGAACCUUACGGUGAAAUACAAGACAUAUCUAUAUUGAAAGAUCGAACUACAGGACAACAUAAAGGCUGUGCUUUUGUAACUUUUCGUGAUCAUCUUGCUGCAAAGAAAGCUCAGGAAGACCUUCAUGACAAGAAAACCUUACCAGGCAUGGGUCAUACACUGCAAGUGAAGCCUGCUGAUAAGGAUAAAAAGAAAGAUGAGCGAAAGCUGUUUGUUGGUAUGAUAUCCAAGGCAACAACAGAAGAUGAUUUACGACUAAUGUUUGCGCCAUUUGGUACAAUUGAGAGUGUAACUGUUCUUCGUGAUGCCGAUAAACGCAGCAAAGGAUGUGCAUUCUUGAUGUUUGAAAGUAAGAUACAAGCACAGAAAGCAAUUGAAAUCAUGCACAAUAGUCGAACAAUGGAGGGAUGUUCAUCUCCUAUUGUUGUUAAAUUUGCUGAUUCGAGAUUUCAACAACUAGGAGCAUUGCAAGGGCGUUUCAUAGUGGCCUGGUUGGUGUUGGUUUGCGGAUUAAAUCCAACUGCUGCUGCUGCUAGUUUAAUACCUGGUGCUUUUGGUUCAUUGGUUGCCGCUGCCGUUGCAACUCAACAACAACAACAACAACAACAGCAACAACAACAGCAAAGUCAAGUUCCACAGCCCACUACUCCAAUGCUAAAUUCAUCUAGUCUUGGUUCAACUGCUGCAGCCAUGAAUUUUACACCAACUAGUAACGUGGCCUCUUCCGCCAAUGUCAACCCUCUCAUGAGUGGGUUAGCAAACUAUGGUGCAGUGAACCCUCUUGGUUUUCCCAACAUGCAAAGCAUUGGUAUUGGCAAUAUAAAUCCAAUGGCGUCCCUUACCUCUACUCCUGCAUCACUUGGAACUAUGGGGGGCAUUCACAAUUCAAUGGCCGGUGUUUCUUCUCCAGAUCCUUUAGCUCAAACAUACUCUGGUUUAACUCCAUAUACAGCUGGUUUUAAUAGUCCUUAUAAUUCCUUAAUGCUUCAAUUGCCACGUCAGCAACAGAAAGAAGGACCUGAAGGUGCUAAUCUUUUCAUAUAUCACCUUCCAAAAGAGUUUCAAGAUGCGGAUCUUUUUGCAACAUUUAGCCCAUUUGGUACGGUUAUCAGUGCAAAGGUGUUUAUUGAUAAAGUCUCGGGAAUGAGCAAAUGUUUUGGUUUUGUGAGUUACGAUAGUCCCAACUCUGCUGCAAUGGCUAUACAAGCGAUGAAUGGCUUUCAAAUAGGAGAUAAGAGACUAAAAGUCCAACAGAAACGACCCAAAGAUGCGAACCGUCCUUACUAAAAGAAAAUGUUCACAGCAUGCUGUCUGAUACGUUGUCUGAAGUUUGUGGCUGAUGUAUUCAACGUCUUAAACUUUCUUUUCUGUUUUCUGUUUCUGUUUCUGUUUUGUUUUAUAAAGUUAUCUUUAGUGUAUUGUAACGGUGUUGGUUUAUAUGGCGUUACGGGGAUUCUACCAGCUGUACGUUUUUUCUGUAUUUAUUUUAUGUUUUGUUUUGUCAAUUACACAAUUGUACUUUCAUGAGA